AUGAAAAAUAGAUCUAAAACUUCGUUGACGAACGGCAGUGGCAGUAGCAGCAGUAGCAGCAGUAGUGGCAGUGGAAGUGAGAACUACGCCAACGGAGGCAACUAUGUCCCCUCGGGGACACCGUCAGGAACGGCAGGGGCGUGUAGUGGCUCGGGUGGAGUGCUGAACGGUGGUACCAGACAUCAGCAGGCUUCAUCGAGCAGCCUGGGUGUCGGAAAUUCUCCUGUUGGAUCAGCUUCCGCCAUCGAUGCUGCGGGGUCGGGUGGCCCGGAAGCCAACACUGUGGAACCGCAGCAGCAAGCAGCGAACAAUCAUAACCACCAUAGCCAUCAAAUGAAUCGCAGCCCUAUAUUUCAGCAGCAGAAGCAAGGUGGUAACAGACCGCAUAUAUCACUGGACAAAUGUGAUGAUUUUCAAUUCAAUGUACCGCCGGAAGCUCCAGUUUUCGAACCAUCGGAAGAGGAUUUCAGAAAUCCUCUCGUGUACAUCAACAAAAUACGGCCAUUGGCGGAAAAGUAUGGAAUCUGCAAAAUUCGACCCCCGAAAUCCUUUCAGCCACCCUUCACGGUCGAUGUAGAAAAGCUGACUUUUACGCCACGCAUCCAGCGAUUGAAUGAAUUGGAAGCGGAAACACGUAUUAAGCUGAACUUUCUCGAUCAGAUUGCAAAGUUUUGUGAGUUGCAGGGAACUUCCUUGAAGAUUCCGAUGGUCGAAAGAAAACCGCUCGAUCUCUACACUUUGCACAAGAUUGUGAAUCAGGAGGGUGGUCUGGAGGUGGUAACGAAGGAGCGCAAGUGGUCGAAAGUAGCAUGCCGGAUGGGCUACCAGCAGGGCAAGAGUGUUGGGUCGAACCUCCGGGCGCACUACGAUCGUCUGCUCUAUCCGUUCGACGUGUACCGCUCGGGCAAGGUGGUGGAUCUGGCCAACAUCGAGCCGGAACCCUCCGAAGAUUGCGAGUAUGAACCGCACUGCAUAGAGUCUAGGCAGCAGGUGCAGCCUCCGAUGACGGCGGCUCGUCGAUCGCAACGUUUUGCCCAGCAGCAGAGUAGCAGCAAAGCUUCGUCUUCUGCCGGCAGCAGCGCAAGCGGUGGGAGCGUUCGAGGAUCGUCGGACGAAAUGUCUCCAGGGAAAAAAGAUCUUCGCCAUAGGAGCAUUUGGGAGUUUGCGAGUAAGCUGGCCGUUGCUGCCCUACGAGUCGACCAAUCCGCUACGAACGGGGGCACUGUCAAGCAGGAAAAGAAGGAAGGUGGGUCACAGAACUAUGAUCCGAUGGCGAAAUAUAUCUGCCACAUGUGCAAUCGAGGAGACGUCGAGGAGUCUAUGCUUCUGUGUGACGGGUGCGACGCAUCGUACCACACGUUUUGUCUGAUGCCGCCCUUGCAGGACAUUCCGAAGGGUGACUGGCGCUGUCCCAAAUGCAUCGUGGAGGAGAACUCGAAGCCAGUGGAAGCGUUUGGUUUUGAGCAAGCGCAACGGGAAUACACACUGCAGCAAUUCGGCGAAAUGGCAGAUCAAUUCAAAUCGAACUACUUUAACAUGCCUGUUCAUCUCGUACCGACGGAGUUGGUGGAGAAGGAGUUUUGGCGCAUAGUGUCAUCUAUCGAUGAAGAUGUUACUGUCGAGUACGGUGCUGAUUUACACACAAUGGACCACGGUAGCGGCUUCCCAACGAAAUCAUCGCCCUACCUUUCGCCCAGUGACCAAGAGUACGCCGAAUCGAGCUGGAAUCUGAACAACCUUCCCGUGUUGGAUGAGUCAAUUCUCGGGCACAUCAACGCGGACAUCAGUGGAAUGAAGGUACCGUGGAUGUACGUCGGCAUGUGCUUUGCUACUUUUUGCUGGCACAACGAGGAUCACUGGAGCUAUUCGAUCAACUAUCUGCACUGGGGCGAACCAAAGACAUGGUACGGUGUGCCGGGCAGUCGAGCGGAGGAAUUCGAGCUAGCGAUGAAGUCGGCCGCACCGGAGCUAUUCCAUUCCCAGCCAGAUCUGUUGCAUCAGCUGGUGACAAUUAUGAAUCCGAACAUUCUGAUGAAUGCCAACGUGCCCGUAUUCCGGACGGAUCAGCACGCGGGCGAGUUUGUCGUGACAUUCCCGAGGGCGUACCACGCUGGUUUCAAUCAGGGGUACAACUUUGCUGAGGCGGUCAAUUUUGCACCGGCGGACUGGAUGAAGAUGGGUAGGGAAUGUGUCAAUCACUACUCGAAGCUCCGGCGCUACUGUGUGUUCUCGCACGAUGAGCUCGUCUGCAAAAUGGCUCUUGAGCCAGACCGGCUGAACUUAGGCAUCGCGACUGCCUGUUACAUUGAUAUGGCAGAAAUGGUCGAUACGGAGAAGAAGCUUCGAAAGAACCUUCUUGAAUGGGGUGUAUCGAAUGCCGAACGAGAAGCGUUCGAACUGCUGACAGACGACGCUAGACAAUGUGAGAUAUGCAAAACGACCUGCUUCUUAUCGGCCGUCAACUGCAAGUGUACCAAAAACCUGGCCUGUUUGCGCCAUUUUGCCGAGCUGUGCGAAUGUCCUCCGGAAAAUCACACGCUAAAGUACCGAUACACGUUGGACGAACUGCCUUUGAUGGUGCAAAAGCUAAAGGUGAAGGCGGAGUCGUUCGAAAAGUGGCUGUUUCGAGUGCGUGAUGUGCUUGACCCGUCAGUAUCGAGUAGUAUCACGCUCGAGGAACUUCAAAGCAUUGCGCACGAAGCCGAGAGCCAAAAGUUUCCAAACAGCGUGAUCCUAGAGCGAUUGAAUCUGUCCAUACUGGAGGCCCAAAAGUGCAUCACGGUGAUUCAACAGCUCGACAUAAAUAAAAUUCGUACUCGGACUCGCAAUUCACUGGAGUGUGCGAAGUACAAACUAUCGAUGGACGAAUUGGAAUUGUUUAUAAAUGAAAUUAACAAUCUGCGAUGCGUAAUACGCGAAGGUGACAGCGUACGGGAGUUGCAAAGAAUCGGACAGGAUUGGUUGCGGCAGGCGGAUAAAACAUUGAAAUUGCGCUUCAAGGACACAAAUGUUCAACAGCUAAACCAACUGAUCGAAGAGGGCAAUGCGUUGUGUAUCGAGCUGCCGCAAAUCGUGGAGUUGAAGGAUCGACUAACACAAUACAAAUGGUAUCGAGAGGCGCAAACUUUGCGUGAAAAUACAGUCGAUCGAUUGUCGUUAGAAGACAUCAAGAAGCUGAUCCAUGAAGGCAUGCGAAUACUACCGCACACAGUAUUAGAGAGAGAGCUGUCCCAGCUGCAUGGCAUCAUGCUUCAGAUUGUCGAUUGGGAACAGUCGGCCAAUCAGUGCUUCAAAACUGAAACCCAACACAAGAUCAGCGAAAUAGACAGUCUGUUGGAGAGAGCGCAAAAUAUUGAAUCAUAUUUGCCUCUGGCUGGGCAGCUGAAGGACUCGCUGCACAAGUCGAAGGAAUGGCUGCACGCGAUCGAGUCGCUCGAGAGCAGCAAAAAUUACAACUUUUUUCACACGCUUCAAAAUUUGGCAAACAGAGCCAAACUGCUGCCGGUCGAGAUGGAGAGCAAGCUGUUGUGUGAAACGAUAUUCGGUACCACGACGGUCGGCGGAGGCUGCUACAACCGAAACGGAGGGCAGAUGCUAUUAUUUAAUUCGAUGGGAUUUGUCGGAACAAGUAGCGAUGAGUGGCGCAACAAAACGUCAUCGCCUUCGUCGUCGCUAAAAAGAAAACGAAUCGGAUCAAUCUCAAGCGAUCCGGUGAUUCCGAGUAGUGAUAUUGAGACGAUUAUGAAAAAGAUCAAAGAUGAUUCCAGCAUUGGAGAGCAAGACAAGAUAUUGUUGCGGGCGAAAUUAUUGCAUGAUUGGAGUGAACUAGAUGAAUUUGGUGCCGGUAGUGGCAAACAUUUGCUCGGUCGAUCCGACGACGUACAGCAACAGCAACAGCAGGAUCAGCAGCAGCAACAGCAGCAAAAUCGUCUGAAUAAUAGUGAUAGCGGUGUGGUUUAUCAUUGCGCCAAGUGUUACGAGAUGGUUGCGAAAGCAAAUGUAUUGCGAAAGUAUCGCCACAAGCAACAUCAUCAUCAUUGUCGCCAUCACGAACGACAUAACCGAGCGGUAAUGAAGCAGGAGCCAAAACAGCAGCAAAUGGGCAUUAGUGGUACUAUGUCAUCCCUUGAGCAACUGCUGCAAAUGAAAACUCUUAGUGAAGACGAUUUUCUUGCGGAUAAUGUUCCGUCCGCAGCAGGGUUAAGCAGUUUCGAUGAUUUUUCGCUGAAGUUCGGAGAACACUACGAUGGCGAAGAGGAACCGGAAGAUGAAGAGGCAGCUGAUGAAGUGAAAGCAGAUGACGAGGAUGAGGACGAUGAUGAUUCUAACGUUGGCCAGCUUGGGCGGAAUGGGUGUCAUGGUUGCAAACCACCAGAUGAAAAUGAACGCGAAUCAGGUGCCCUAAAACCGCUAUUGGCUGCCGGCAAAAUUAAGACGGAGCAAUUAGAUGAUGGUGGGCGAAUAAAGGAAGAAGAAAAAGAGGAGGCAAAAUUGCGAAAUAAUGUGAGGGGAUCAACAGGAGGAGAAGGAUCCGUGGUGGGUACUAAAACGACCGUUGACCACGAGAGUACUAGUCAAUCGUUUGAAGUGCUGUCUUCAAACGUGAAUCGAAAUGUUAAUCAUUCAAACGGCAGCAGCACUAGCACCGCCAAAUACCAUUCACCGGAAAGGCAGAGACAGGAACAGGCUAAUAACCAUCAGGGUGCUAAUUUAUGAUGAUUCAAAAAUCGGCACGUUGAUGGUUGCGAAGACCAUUGAGGCGGCGUCCAGCGAGGAUGAUUUUAAUUGCACACACGCGUGGCUGGCAGUACUGAAAUUGGAUAUAACUAUAAGUAUAUUCUCGUGGAGAGAAAGUGCGUAACCGGUCGGUCGGUUGGGUGCGGAUGGUCUCCAACAAAUAGAAAAAAUGGCCCACCUGAUGAUCCUUUUCCUCCCUGGUUUCGGAUUAAUCGAACAAACGACGGAGGAAUGAGGAAGGUUAAAUUAUUAGACACCAGCUAUUUUUUUGGUUAGCUGAUAAGAUUUUGAUUCUUCUACGUGUGUAUAUUGAACUGGAAGGAAGCUGAGAAAUAAGUAACACAGGACCUUAGACAUGCUGUACGUCUCCAAUGUAGCGCUGGGUAGAAGUAGUUAGUAGAUGUACUAGAAAAGCGGUAGAUGUUAAAAAAAAGAAAACCUAACGCCUCCUCAAGUUACUUUGAUACUCGGUUUUGCUCUUACAUUGCACGGGAGCAAUGAGCAUAAUAGCUAUCGAGAGAGAAACAGGCGAAAGUGCUUGAGUUUGGUAAUGUAAUAUAUAACAAAAAAGUUCGCAUAUUUACCUGGCGAUCUUUGAUGCUGCUGCACCAAUGCUGCCGUUGCUGCUGCUAUUGUUGUCGUCGGUUAAAGCCUGGCCAAGUUUCUUGCUGCACUCAGAUGCGUUAUACGUGAUGCGGUGUUUUCAACAGAUACAUCUUGAACAACCUACUUGCGACGCAUUUGUUCCUGUAGAAUUUCCUUUUCCGUAUUAGUGAGUGAGUGUGUUGCGUUUUUUUGGGGACAAAUUACAAUGCAUGGCCACACGACAUGUUAUUUUUGAACGCGCUAAUGCACAUAUAAUUCACACUAUAUGGAUAUCAUAUUUCUACCGAGAGCUAACGUUAAUCCUGUUUUUUCUCCCUCAUCUAGAACGAUUAUUUUGGAUUUAAGAUUUCAACCUAGUUUCUGAGCAAAAUCGUAGACACGAAAGAUCUCUACAUAGGAUUUCUUAAAAUAGGAAAUUCGAAUGAAAUAUUUAAGAGCGACGAAAUCCGAUGUUUGUAUGCAGAAAACAUAGUGCACUUCCCCAAAACACACUCACGCACUUUUUUGCACAUUUGGACCAGACCGUAAAGUUAGGAAUGUUGAGUGGGAGCUGUUGAGCCACGCCGCUAACAACUCACAAUACGACGAGUACAUUUUACAGCUCUGUUUCGUUCUAGUAAUAAAACAAAAACAAUCUAGCUACUUGGUGGAGUAUCGUGUUUUUCUUUUCCUAAAUAAUUACAACCGAAUGUAAUAUAACAUGUACUGUUAACUGGAUGCAGAUACAGAACAUUUAAUUGCAUACUAGAAU